CUAUAGUAAAUUAAUUAAAUUACAUAAAACAAUCUGCGGAUUUAUGGAAACUUAGAAUUAAAAUUACUUUAAAUUAUUCUGAGGUACACUGAGGCAGCAGACAAAUAUAUUCCUCACUAGCACGUUCAACGUUGGUUAGAAAUCGGGUCAGGCCCUUUCAACCCGUGUGGAUGCUGGGAUACUGCCCUUGACAGCAGUGAUGGCGACCGCAACAAAAAUAAUUCAAAGGCUCCGAAACUACUUAUCGGGGCACGAUCUUCAGUCAAAGCUUCAGCUGCGCUACGGCGAGAUUGCAAAGAGGACACAACCACCCCCCAAACUUCCAGUAGGACCGAGCCACAAGUUUGCCCAUAAUUACUACUGUCACAGAGAUGGGCGCAGGGAGUCUGAGCCACCAACCAUAGUGAUGUCUGCUCAGAAGGCUUUGGCAGCUGGCAGCCAAACUCCAGCAGUACCAGAAAAGCGUCCCGUUGUGCCUGGACCUCCUAUUAAGGAAUUACCACUGUCUACAGACCAACCGUACCUCUGAGGAGAGAAAAUGUCUGUGCCCCAUGAGUCCUGGGUUGCCUAUCAGUCAACCAUUACAUCUCAGAAUAGUUUGACCACUUAACUUAUCUGAUGAAUGAAGCCCAAUUUCUGAAUGCUCUCUUGUUUGGUUUGUUGUACUUUUCUGUUUUCUCAUUAAAUGCAAUAAUAAAGCAUCCUUCCCUUAAA